AUGGAAGUGUGUAUCAUCUACCUGAACAUGCUCUCGGCUCUGCUCAUUGUGUCAGCUUUGAGUAGUCCUGUCUGGCGUGGCGGAAACGAGGCCGCACAAGAAAUCCAAGCGCUUCACACCUCGACGUGGGCCACCAGACGAGAGGAUAUGGGCCGGACACACACGCAAAGGUACAGCUCCUCGGCGAUGCCAAGGAGCGAGCGGAGAAUGCGCGAGUCCCGCGGCGGGGCUCGGCUCGCUCGACGGGAUAGGGCGACACAAUCACACAACGGCCCACAGCCACAGGUGUGGCUGGAGUAUGAAGGGUGUGAAUGA